AUGGCUAAAAACAGACCCGCAUCCCAGAACUCCCGUGCCGCACGGCGAGCUGUGUCGCCGGGCCUGAACGUGGACAAAUCUCUCACCUCUCUGCCUCGAGCUUCUUCCCCCACCGUCCAGCGCCCCUCGAUUCUGGCGGAACGAUCAAAUGCCGGUAUUCAGAAAAAGCAGAGCAAAGGAAAGAGAAUUUCCAGAGCCCAAAGGUUACGACAGGAAAAGGGCAUGGAAAGGGCUGAGGCAGUUUCGGAUCAAUUGCAAAUAAAAAAGGCCAAAAGCGUUGCCCGUGCGAAAAAUGUCAAAGCACGAAGGGCUGACUGGGAGGACACAAAUCAGAAAUCGUCUAUGUUUGCAGCUCUCCAACAGGACCAGGAGAGCGAAGGCGAGGCCAGCGACGAUGCCAUGGCCGAGGACACCGUACCAUCCACAUCCACUGCAAACGCUGCCGUUUCUCAACCAACUCCCGUGGUCGCCAACCCCGUGGCCGAGGACCCGGCCACCGUUGAUGAAGACGAUGAGAUUACCUGA